CCCUCGCCCCACCAUGCAGCACUAAACAGUGUGGGAAGGAUAAAAGCAGAAGCAGUUAGUGUGAUGUUACUGCCCUAGGAGAGUGUGAUCUGUCCUCUUUGCUCUCCAGCUGCAGCUCUAAAGGAGGAGGUGCUUCCUGACCCUUCUACACUGGGAGAUUUUUACAGAUACGUUGAUACAUAGCUGUCUUCCUGAUGUGGCUCCUUGUGCUGGUGGUGUUGGCCCUCAUCCUCCUGUACAGAUGGUACAGACAGAGUCAGAUACUGGAGAAUCUCACAGAUAAAUAUGUCUUCAUCACCGGAUGUGACACUGGAUUUGGGAACCUGUUGGCGAAGCAGCUGGACAGACGUGGAAUGAGGGUUCUGGCUGCUUGUUUGUCUGAUAAAGGAGCUCAGAACCUGAAGAAGGAGACCUCCAGCAGGCUGCAGACUGUAAUACUGGAUGUUACUGACAGUCAGAGUGUGAGCUCUGCUGCAGAGUGGGUGUCUAGUAUUGUUGGAGACAGAGGACUGUGGGGUCUGGUAAAUAAUGCUGGAAUUACUGGCCCAGUUGCUCCGAAUGGGUGGCUGAAGAAGGUUGAUUUUAUAAAGGUUCUAGACGUGAAUUUACUGGGGAUGAUUGAUGUGACACUGACACUGCUGCCGCUUGUCAGGAGAGCCCAAGGAAGGAUCGUUAAUGUUGCCAGUAUUCUAGGCAGAGUGGCUCUUAUUGCAGGAGGUUACAAUAUCUCCAAGUAUGGCGUAGAAGCAUUCUCUGACUCACUACGGCGGGAACUUAGCGAUUUUGAUGUUAAAGUUUCCAUAAUUGAGCCAGGUGGUUUCAAUACUGCCAUAGCCAACCUGCCUUUGUUUAAGAAGAACUUGAGGGAAAAAUGGGAGUCUGUGCCAACUGAGACCAAAGAGAUAUACGGAGAACAUUACUUAAACAAAUGGCUACAGAAUAUGGAAGAUAUGACUAAUUCAGGCUCUUCCAAAAUCUUCCAAGUAACAAACUGCAUGGAGCAUGCACUGACCGCUUGUCACCCAUGGACACGCUACUCUGCUGGAUGGGAUGCCAAACUAUAUGCCAUCCCCCUUUCCUACCUGCCCACAUUCAUUAGUGACUAUGUGGCAUCUUGGAAUUCACCAAAACCAGCAAAAAGAGAACUUUAAAGCGCAAAGAACAGAACCAGAAAGUUUUCCAGCCACCAAGAUGAGGCAUUGUCACACCACGAAGGCGCAUGGUUACACAAUGUUAAGAGCAUGAAAUGUUGGAGCUGUCUCACACCCCAAGCACUAGGCUGUUCCCAACCAACAUACAUUUCACCAAAAUAACCCCAGAAAUGCAUUAUGCAACAGAGGCAGAUUGGACAACAAUCGAGACAUAUCUCCCAAUUUACAUAUGCAGUUUGACCACUGUCCUUACAGUGAGGGAGUGAUUUUAAAUUAGGACUCUCCUACCAGAAGCUGGACAGAUGGGAGGUGUGCUCUAGUGCAAAUGAAAAGUUGUCGGAUUCCUCCAGAGAAGUAUGUUUUCAAAAAAGUUUAUACAACCCAACUAUGAAAUCAUACAGUGCAUCCAGAAAGUAUUCACAGCGCUUCACUUUUUCUACAU